AUGGCUCCGAUGUUUCUCUGCCGCCUCCGUGAGAGCUCUCCACCGCUGGAUCCUCCAGAUCCGGUGAAGAAGGAUGGAUCUCCGCUUCCUCUGUUCCUGCCGUCAAACUCUUCCGUUAACCCUCCAGAUCCGCCUGACCCGCCGGACUAUGGUGUUCGAACUUCUAUUCUGGAACCACCGGAUUCAAUAACCUCGCGCCAAAGCCCUCGUUAUCAUUAUCUUCUACUGCCUUCCAACCCUCGGUUUCUCUUUCAACCUCCGCCUGUCACCACCGGCCUCAUUCUGAGCUACGGUAGCCUCCUCGACGACAAAUCCAAAAACUUCAACCUUACAGAUCCGCCAGAAGGAGUCCCAUCUCCGGCUCAGAAACUUCUUCCCUGGUCGUCUCCGAGCAGUCCCAUUCUUGGGAUGGAUCUAAGCUCGCAUCUUACCUUCUGCGGCAACACAACUUUCAAUGACAAUUUCUCAACCGUGUUUUGCUCCAAAUAG